AUGCACCGCACCGAGCCACUGGAGAAGAGACCCACCGGCAGCAGGCGUUCGCAUGCGAAGGUGAGGAGCGGUUGUGUGACCUGCAAAGUUCGCAGAGUCAAAUGUGACGAACAGCGACCAUUUUGCAAGCGAUGUAUCAGAUUUGGGAUUCAGUGCGGAGGAUAUCCGCCCCCAAAACGCCAAAAGGACCUGACAGAGCGUCCAAAACAAAUUCUACUUCCGAAAUCACAUAAUAUUCGAAGCCAUCCAACCCCUUAUGCGGCGCCAUCCGUGACAAAGUUUCAGACUGAGGAGGAAUCCAGGUGCUUCGAUAUAUUCAGCCGGAAUACUGCAUACGAGAUAUUCCCAAAUGUUGAAAUGGGAAAGUUGCGUGUUAUGUUCCUGCAAGCGUGCGAGGCAAGAGAUGCGAUUCGGCAUGCCAUUAUUGCACUGGGAGCAUUGGACAUGACUUCUCGAGUGAGAUCGCAGGCAUAUGUUCGCGAUGCAGCGCGUCGUGACUUUGGAGGCACUGCAAGCCAUCAUUAUAAAUAUGCGAUCCAAGAGUAUGCCAAAGCAAUCAAGUAUGCACAGACGGAGGGGGGACAGGACUUGCGGACAGCUUUGAUGACUUCGUUGAUGAUUCUUGCAUUCGAAGGAUGGAUUGGGAGUCAUGAGGUUGCUGUGCAGCAGAUCAGAAUUGGGACGGGGUUAUUGAUGGAAUGGAAGCAGCGUCAGAUGGAAAAUCCAUCGACGGCGCCAACUGAGGAUGAGAAUCUGUUGGCUCAUGUCUUCACUCGACUUUCCAUCCAACUCAGACCCCCUCCCAAGGAAAAGCCCCCUCAAACAUCUCCACCAACGUCGCUUCCGCCACUCAAAGUCGACCUACCACCAAGUCUCAAGAGGUUACCACUUUCUUUUGGUUCAAUUGCAGAAGCUGGAGUCUAUUAUGGGUUGAUUGUAAGAUUCGCGGUUACCUUCGUCUCACAAUGCUUGCCCCGGAUCGCGAGAUCCGGGAGUCUUACGGGUUCAUACACGCCUGGAUCGGCGAGUGAAGCGAUUCCACCGGAGAUCACCCAGGCUCAAUUGGCACUUACUGAGAGUCUUCACCAAUGGAUGGCAGCGUUUGCUCCUCUGAAGUAUGGUGCUGAGUUCAAGCAGCUUGACCAGAGGAAGGCUUGCAUUACAUUGGAAUUGCAGAUGAAGGCCACCUACAUGGGUACAAUCAAAUCUCUGGCGCAGGACGAGAUGGUCUAUGAUGCCUAUUACGAUAUCUACAAAGACAUUGUGGACCUUUCCGAGAGUCUUUUGAACUGUUCUCCCGCUUCCAAAGUCCCGAAAUUCAGUUUCGAUUCGGGGGUGAUCAUCCCGCUGUGGUUUACAGGCCAUAAAUGUCGUGACCCAGUCCUCCGCCGACGAGCAAUCGCCCUGCUGUUGACGUUCCCCAGAAGAGAAGGAGUCUGGGAUAGUGUGUUCGCAGGACUAGUCAUUGAAUGCGUGAGGGAGUUUGAGGAAGAGUAUAUUGAUGGUGGCAGGAUACCCUGGUGGGCUAGGAUACGGACUACUAAUUUUGACAUUGAUUUGGAGAAGCGGAUUGUAGAAGUCCUGUGUGAGCAGCGUUUGUCUGCUGAUUCGGAUGAGACUGUGAUUAGGCGGAAGACUGUGGAUUAUUAUGUGUAUACUGGUAUUACGCUGGAACAGGUUGAGGCUGUUAUUGCGAAAUAG